ACACACACUUCCGGUUUUACUUAACCUCACAAAAAAGCUGAACGUGAGCACGCUUUUAAUUUGAAAGUCCGUCACUGUAUCAUUGCAGGACAUUGCGUCAUUCGAUAAACUUCCGGCGGAGUAUUUUUGGUGUAACACGUCAACAUGAGCAGAGGAGACGGGAUUUUACCGGCUCGUGGAAACUGCGUGUACACCAGCUGUUACUGUGAAGAAAAUGUUUGGAAACUCUGUGAGUUUAUCAGGAAGGAGAGAACGGCAGCGCUGGAGCACGUGUUUGCUGUUUUUAUCUCAAAUGAGAACAGAACGGUUCCUCUGUGGAAACAGAAGUCAGGACAUGGAAACCAGCCAGUGAUCUGGGACUACCAUGUGAUUCUGCUGGUGGUGGAUCCUCAGUCAGAAGCUCUGGUUUAUGACCUGGACUCUGAGCUGUCGUUUCCCUGCAGUCUGAAAGUGUAUGCUGCCCAGGCUCUCCGCUCAGACCACACCCUCCGACCUGAGUACCACAGGAAGUUGCGUGUCGUACCUGCCGACAGCUUCCUGCUGAACUUUGCGUCCGAUCGCUCGCACAUGAAGACGUCCGACGGCUCCUGGAGGAUGCCCCCCCCUCUGUACCCACCCGUUCAAACCACAGAGAGUCACAUGAACCUGGACGACUUCAUCAGUGUGGACCCUGCUGUUGGCUGGGGGACGGUCUUCAGGCUGGACCACUUCCUGCAGAGCUACACCACAAUGUCUUCAUCAUCAUCAUCGUUGUCAUGGUAACACAGACUGCAGCAGCUGCUGCCACCACCUGCACUGAAAAACUACAACUCCCAUGGUGCAUUUCUGCGAUAGAGCUAGAGACAUGAUGAACCAGUGUGAUGCUUUUGGAUCAGGUUCUGGAUCAGGUUCUGGAUCAGGUUCUGGAUCAGGUUCUGGAUCAGGUUCCGGAUUAGGUUCCGGAUCAGGUUCCGGAUCAGGUUCCUGUGGUCGUGAUGUGACCAAAUGCCAUCACACUGAAAGUCUGUGGAUAUUUAUGGUUAAAUGUCAGAUAAUUAAAGAUUUUUAUGUCAGAAAAUA